AUGUCGAAAAUUCCAAGAAACUUCAAAUUAUUGGAGGAAUUAGAAAAGGGAGAAAAAGGAUUGGGUGCUGAGCUGAUCUCGUAUGGAUUGACCAAUCAAGAUGAUAUCUCCAUGACCAAUUGGAACGGAACUAUCUUGGGACCACCUCAUUCUACCCACGAGAACCGUAUCUACUCAUUGAGCAUUGUAUGUGAUGAGAAUUACCCAGACAAGCCUCCAAAGGUCCAGUUUGUGUCCAAGAUUAACUUACCUUGCGUUGAUUCCCAGGGUCAUGUUGUGGUUGACAAGUUCGACACCUUGAAGAACUGGAAGAGAUCAUACACCAUGGAAACCGUGCUUUUGGAAUUGAGAAAAAGCAUGGCCUCCUCUGCUAACAAGAAGUUGGCACAACCUACCGAAGGAACAACCUACUAG